AUAUACUACUGUCUUCAAGUGUGUGUUAAGUAAAGUCGAAGUACAAAUAGACAGGAUAAUUCUACUGCAGAGUUCACAAUGUGCAUGUGGUGUAGCAGUAUGGCCGUCUAUCUCCAUUCGAACGAAGUUUGGAGAACGUGAGAUACAGGAUCGUCAGGAAACGUAAAAAUCACCGACUACAAAAAUGGUAAUCGGUGUGUUUCCUUUCCUCAAAUUGGGCGUUCUGUUUGUUAAACAGAUUAGCAAGCCCUUGGCACAGGUGAUUGUGAACCAAGCCAAGAAUCAUCACAUUUUUAGAACCUACUUCAUCAUACCUCCAGCACAAUUCUAUCAUUGGGCUGAAGUAAAAACAAAGAUGUACUUAAUGAAUCUUGGAAAACCAACCAAGGUUGCAAAGCUAAACGAAACGAUGGCAAUAGAAUUAGGUGCCAGUUUGAUGGGAGAGGUCAUUAUCUUCAGUGUUGCCGGAGCAUGUAUUGUGUUGGAAUAUAACCGACAAGUUGCAAAGGAAGCUAAGAAAGAAGAAGCACGAUUGGCACAGUUGAAUAAAUUUAAUACUGAUAUAGAAGCUUUACAAAAAAGUAUGGCAGCACAUGAUGCUGAGAUUCGAUAUUUGCACACCCUUAUUGAAGAACUUGCCAAGGACACAAAACACAAAUUACCUGCUCGGAGUAUAUUAGAAAACAAUCCUUUGGAUAUAUCUCAAGCUUCAACAGAUACUCCUGUGAAAAGAAACGAAUCGACGACAGCACAGGAUGACACCAAAAGUAAAGAAAGUGAAAAAAUUUCACUAAUUCAGCAUGCUAUUUCUAUUUUUGAAAUGACGAUAGAUGAAUGACGUAAACGGGAUCGAUUUGCAUAAUUAACAUUUUUGACACUGCGGUCCUGGUAUUUAAGAAAAGCCAGGUAAGGCUGAUUAGGAAAAGAUUAAACGUAUAAGAAGCAACUAGUAAUUUCCUAUUUAUUUUAUUUUUUCAUUCUCUAUUAUGUUGUACAAUAUGUAUAUUUUAUAUCAUUUUGAUCAUCUCCGCUGGUACGGGUUUAUAAUGGUGACAUAACAGAGGCAUUGUAGGACAAAAAUUGAAACAAUUUCAUUCUGACAGCAUAUAAUAUAUUACUGUCCGAUUUAAAAUGGAAUUUCUUUUUUUUUUUAAUAUGUAAGUGUUAUUCUCCAUAUCAGUCUUACCGAUCACAACACCAUAAUGUAGAUUGAGGUCAUGUAAAUAAUUCUUAUUACCUGUUUAAAUGUAAUUGCAUAUUACGGAAUGUAAUGUUAAUAAAAAUCUUAAUAAAAGAAAUUUAAAAAAUAUA